AUGAAGUCUGUACGCUUGAUGCACGCCCUGUGCAGGCGUGUCCAGCACACAUUCCUGGCCAGACGCAGAGAUGUGGAACAGCGACGGCACUACGCCGAGAAAUGUGACUCGGUGUUCAAAGGCGUUGUGGUGGGCGUGUACGCCAAGGAGGGCGACCGCCAGCCCAAGAUGACACCAUCCGGCGAGAAGUUUGACGAUCGCGUCCAGGGUAAGAUCACUGAUCUAAUACGCGAGACGGGCCUGAGUGGCCAGCUGGGCAAAGGCCGUGUCUUUAUGAACGUGGAUGCGGAGUUCCGUGCGGUGGCCGUGGUCGGCGUGGGACAGGAGGGGGCCGGCUUCAACGACCUGGAGAUGAUCGACGAGGGAAUGGAUAACACUCGCGUCGCUGCCGGCGUGGGGGCUCGUGCUCUUCAACUGCAGGGCUGCACAGAUGUCUUCGUGGAGUCGAUGGAGUAUGCGGAGCAGGCGGCCGAGGGGAGCGCCUUGGCCGUCUGGCGCUACAACACCAACAAGCGCCGUCGGGACCGCACACUCAUUUCCAAACUGGAGCUGUACGACUCUCCCGACUCGGAUGCCUGGAUGCGGGGCCUGUUCAAGGCCGAAUCGCAGAACCUGGCCCGUCGCCCGACUCCCACAAUCUUCGCCCAGUCAACGGUGGAUGCCCUGUGCCCCUGCGGGGUAUCCGUGGAGGUACGCAGCAUGGACUGGAUCGAGUCCAAGAGCUUGAACAGCUUCUUGAUGGUGGCCAAGGGCAGCUGCGAGCCGCCGAUCAUCUUGGAAAUCGCCUACUGCGGCACCGCACCCGAGGACAAGCCCAUCCUCCUGCUGGGCAAGGGCAUCACAUUCAACAGCGGGGGCCUCUGCCUCCGUCCCAAGGACUGCUUGUCCAUGUACCGCGGCUGCAUGUCCGGUGCAGCCGCCUGCCCUCGCGACGUGGUGUCCCUCCUCAAUGGCAAAACUCUCGGCUUCGUGGACGUCAGCAAGGCUGGUGUGAUGGCCAUGGUCGAUCCCAUGCUCUACGCCCAGACGAUCUACAAGCCGCGCAUGGUCGUGGACAUUGCUACAGUGGGCUACGCCGUCUGCCCAGCGCUGGGCGGAGCAGCAGCCGGGAUUUUCAGCAAUUCGAACUUCGUCUACAAGCAGUUCGAGAAGGCCGGUGCCCUUACGGGGGAUCGCGUUUGGCGUCUGCCCCUGUGGCGCUACUUCAAGGAGCUGAUCAUGCCGAACGAGACCUUUGACAUCAGCAACCGCGGACGUGGCCCCGCCUCCAGCUGCAUCGCUGCCGCCGUUCUGCACGAGCUGGUGCCGUGCGUCGACUGGGCCCACCUGGACAUCCGCAACGUGGGCAUGCUGACGCGCUACAAUCCGCUCCCAUAUUUGCUGAAGGACCGCAUGACUGGCCGUCCCACUCGCACCAUCGUUCAGUUUCUGUUUCAGAUGGCUUGCCCCGACGGCAAGUAA